UAUGAUUAUGACAGGUAGAUUUAUGUUUACCAGAAUAAUUUAUAAUCAACCCAAUCUUUCCACAAUAGUAAAUCUGAUUUUGUUUUAUGUUUCAGAAUGAGACUAUGGACAGUUUUUACUCUGUUCCUGUUCUUUUGUUUGAUCCCUUUGUCACUUCAACAAGAUUAUGAUGACACACAGUUAACUGCUGGAGAGAGCUGGAGGACUGGUGACACUGACAAAAUUGUCGAAAGGAAAGAUGAAGAGGUGAGUGAAGAUGAAGAAAUGACCAAAAGGAUCAGAUCAAGAAAUGGAAACAAAAGGAGGCGAAGAAGAAAGAGACCAAGGCCUACAGAAUUGCCAAUCGAAGAGGUCUCAGACAGUGAACAUGUUCCAGAAGAACAAUAUGGAAUAAAUUUGAGGAAAGUGUCAGAAGAGGAAACAACGCCUGAACCAGAAGAGCUGCCAAAAAGAAGGACACCUAAGAGACGAAGGAGGCCUCACAGAAGAUUCCCAGACCCUGAGUAUAUUUAUGAAAGAGAACAAGAAGAAGCUCCAAAGCCCCCAAGGAGAAGAAGGAAAGGUGGAAGAAAGAGAUUAAAGCCAGUUGAAGUUGAAGAAUUUCCAGAAACAACUACUCUGCCUGAAAUACCACAAUAUGUGAGUGAAACCAAUGUAUUAUUGCACAGAGAGAACAAUAUGAAAGAAAUCACGACAAUUCCUACUAUCACAACUUCAACGUCUCGUAGGACAUCAACCACCACAACUACGACUACAACUCCUACUACUGCUAAAUCAUACGAAGAUGUAAGUGAAAAUGCAGUUUUAAAACAUUAUUAUGAAGAGGAGAAAGAUGAACAUAUAACCAUUAAGAACACAUCUCCACAAAGGUCAAGACAAUACAUUGUCAAAAACAACAUAAAACUUUCCACAGACAAGAUCGAACAGAAUGAUGAUAAAGUUUUUGGAAACAAGAUUUUCGACAGGAGAACUCUAUUUUCCAAAUCAAGAAGGCUUCCAGAAACGUCAGCCAUUUUAAGAAAACGUGUUGUACCACAAAAAACUGAAGCGGAAACAUUUAAUUUACACAUUAUCAAUCCACUAGCAAACUUAGAGAGUAAUUUGUAUAACAAGAAUGCUAGCAGAAAUGAAAUCGUUUCAAAAGUAAAUAUACCAAUAGGAAUAUCCAAACUUCCUGAAAGUAUCUCGCCAAAAUCAAUAAUUGACAAAAUUAAACAUCGAAUAAUUGCUUCAAGUACAGAAGAGCCAAAUUAUCCAAAAUUUGAAUUUGAAAGAGUUAAUCUAGAAAAGCACAUUUAUUCUCAAAAAAGUUCUAGGCACACAACUGAACCAUCGGUUCAAAAGCAGGAUGUCAUAAAAGUGUUUAAAAAACAAGAAACUACUACAAUAGUACAAACAACGCUUAACGAAGACAAAUAUGUUGAAGAAACAACUAUAUAUACAACUGAAAGCCCAAGCACUAAUGCCAGGCUGUUUGAUCCAUCUGAUAAAAUUGAUGAUACACUAAAUGCCACCAAUUUGAAUGACAGUUUACUCGAUUUACUAAAAACUGAAAGUACUCGAAUAUCAAAAAUCUUAGAGCUGAGGAAUAUGACACUCGAUCAGCUUUUAGAACAUAGAGAACGUGGUUCCAGCAAAUUCAUUUUAUCAGAUAUGUUUGAUUCGAAAAAGGCCAAUCCUGAGAAAAACGAAGAAUUGACAUCAACAACUGAGAGGGAUAAUAAAACAGAGCAAAUCCAAUUCCCAGAAGAAGAAAUCCUAGGAUCAUUCCCCAAAUUCUUAUCGGACCAAAUUCAUAAACAUACUCAGCAUCAGAAGAAAGAGAAAAGUGAUGAAAAUGAAACUGGACAUACAGAACACAGAGAACCGAGGGUUUUCGAAAGUAUGCCCAAGUUUUCAACAAAAUUGGAGACACCUGAUAAAUUGAAUCCUACAUGGAGGAUUAUUCCUAAUCCAAGAUUGAAGCCGGUCUCUAUCCAUGGCAACUUCGAAGAAAUAAAAAUUACUGAUAUUAUCCCUGAGAACAGUAAUGAAAUCAAGGAAAUUUAUUUAUUAGAAGACAAUGACAUUGCACAGGGGACCAAGAUUUCUGAUUCCUUCAAUACUGAAACAGUGAAAAGCUACAACAGCAUAAACACAUUCAAACAAAUUCCAUUCAGCAUAAAGUCAGCAAUAAUAAUAAGUGGAGCGAUUCUUGCUCUGGCCAUCUUUGGGUUCAUGUCAGUGUUGAUUUCAUGCAGGGUCCGACAGAAGAAAGCUAGGAUAAGGGCCAAACAGGAUAUUCUGCGCGAACAUUUGAAAAAUGAGGACUUCAUGACCAGCCAACAGAGUCUGAGUCCAGUUCUCAACAAACACCAAAGAGGACCAGUCUUCUCUCAGGGGAUCCACUCGAACACAACUUCAAACAGGCAUUACUACCUUUGGAGAACACUUCGAAAGACUUUUCAGUAUGAUUAAAAUGCUCAAGUCCAGCUGAACAAAAAGUUUUAAGGACAAGGUUUCUGUAAAUAUUUUUUCCAUUGAAAAUGGUUUUGUACCUUUGUAUUUUUUUU